UUUUAUUGUAGGCUUUCAUCAGCUUAAUCUUUUGAAUUGUCGUCAAGUGUUACAAACCACCAUGGAUACACAAUAUGUUAAAUAUAAAACAUUUCCCAGUGACUAAACUCGUUAUAUGUUACUUACUGAUAGUGAUUGCAGAUGUUUCAUAUCUCAUUACUCAAACAAGCACAAUCUGAGCAUUUUCUUUGUUUCUUCCAGUGGCUUUCAAAUCUGUGGGUUGCAGCCAUCCCGCUGAUGGAUGAAGAACUCAAUGAUUCUGAUAUAUCAUUAGAUGAUUCAGUACAUUCAGGUGAAAACGAUGAACUUGUGAAUUUGUUAGAUGUUCCAUAUACCACUACUGAGUCGCGUGAAGAGGAUUCCCUAGAAUAUGAGUAUUAUAUUUGUUUAAACACAAAAUGUUGGUACAAAUUGAAAUAAGAUGAAACAAAUUACAUAAUGGGGUCAUCUUAUUCUUGAUAGUAACCGUAGUUGGUACACAUGUAUCGUUCUAAAUUAAUACGCUUCACAGUGAUAUCAACACAGUGAUAUUGAAUCGACAAAUUAGAAAGCAGACAAUUGAAAACAUCAUAUUCAACAGUAGUGAGAGACAAAACCAAAAAAUGUAGUCGAUGAACAACAAAUAAAUUCGGUAAAUAAAAGGUAUGGAAUAAUGCCAAGCCCAAGAUUCGGAGGAAGAUAAUCGGUCAUUGUACAUGUUUUCCUAAGACUGAUUUAGGAAAACUACGGUAUUCAGCCACAGAUUACGGUUAUCUCGUGAAUAGUGAUCAAUAAACUUGUACGUUACUGUACAUUAGAGACCAAAAGUUGUAUAUGUACUUUGUUCACAUGAACCAAGUUAUUUUGACAAUCAGUAUUCCUCGAAUAAAAUGUUAAAUGUUUUUCAGCUUGAUACACUUCAUUGGUGCCAAUUUCGUAGAUGUCCUUUCUUUUAAAAAGAUGAAUUAUACAUACCUUAAGCUAUUUCAUUCAUUGCAAAUAUUACUAUAGUUUACUGUCAUUUUACUAAUCCUAUCCAACUAGAUAUUACAUCCCAACCAAUUAUCACAGUUGAUGUCUGAUAUUACCAAAGAAGUUGAACAAAUAAUUCAGAUUCCUCCGACUUAUUUACGACUAUUACUUGCUCAUUUUAAAUGGGAUAAAGAUGCAUUGAUGGAAUUUUAUUUUGAACAUGGAAAAGCAGAUACAUUUGCUCAAACAGGUAUUUUAGACCCUAUGGAUAUCCCAGUGACAGGAUCAAGGAAUUUGUGUGAAAAGAAAAACGAAAUUGUUUGUGAUAUAUGUUUCCUACCAACUACUCCAAGUCAAAUGUUUGGAUUGUCUUGCGCUCACUACUUUUGUUUAACUUGUUGGCAGCGUUAUCUUAAAAUUAAAAUAAUGGAAGAAAGUCAAAUUGACCGAAUUUAUUGUCCUUCAUCCAAUUGUCGUAUAAUUGUUGAAGAUGAGGUUGUGUUUCAAAUGAUUACUGAUCAAAAUGUACGCAAGCAUUUUCACAAGCUGAUAUCUAGUAGUUUUGUUCUCCAUAAUCGUGCAUUAACUUGGUGUCCAGGUGUUAACUGUGGACAUGCCGUGCGUUGCUUUGGUCCCCGAGAACCAUAUCAAAUCACUUGUACUAACUGUGGUGAAUGCUUUUGUUUUGCCUGUGGUCAACCAUGGCAUGAUCCAGUUCGCUGUGAACAGUUAAGAACAUGGAUUAAAAAGCUUGAAAAUGAUAGCGGUACGCUUGGCUGGAUUGCAGCUAACACUAAAGAGUGUCCAAAAUGUCGUGCAACUAUAGAAAAAAAUGGUGGUUGUAAUCACAUGACCUGUCGGAAUGUUGAUUGUAAGCAUGAAUUUUGUUGGAUGUGUCUAGAUCGAUGGGAGCCCCAUGGAUCACGAUGGUACACAUGCAAUCGUUAUGACGACUCCGCUGCUAAAUUGGCUAGAGAAGCUCAAGCUAGUUCAAGGUUAUCACUUGAUCGCUAUCUUUUUUAUUCAAAUCGUUAUUUAAAUCAUAUGCAGUCGUUGAGGUUUGAGGCACGUCUAUAUGAAACAGUGCAAAGUAAAAUGGAAUCAAUGCAAGCUCAUGGAACAUCUUGGAUAGAUGUUAAAUUUUUCAAAAAAUUAGUUGAAAUUCUUUGUCGCUGUCGAAGAACACUCAUGUAUACUUAUGCUUUUGCUUAUUUCCUAAAAAAAAACAAUCAUUCAUUGAUAUUUGAAAGUAAUCAAAGUGAUUUAGAACAAUCUACAGAACAGUUAUCGGAAUAUCUAGAUCGUGAUUUAUCUAAUAUCAAUUUAAAUGAAUUAAAACAGAAAAUGCAAGAUAAAGCCAGAUAUUGUGAAAGUCGCCGAAAUGUUCUUUUAGAUCACGUACAUGAAGGUUAUGAUAAAGGAUUUUGGGAGCAAUCUGACACUUGUUAGUGUUUGCGUAGAUGUAUGUUCAUCCAUCCACACGCACAUAGACUACCACAGUCUUCGUUUCCAUGUGUAUAGUUCCUAUUUUUGAAUCACUAUGAUCUCGUUGAUAUCAAUUUUUCUAUUUUCCCUCGUUCAUGCGUACCUCAGUAGUUUUGCUUAUGUAUAUGCACUCUCAGUAAUAUCACUAAAAUAUAAAUGAUGAAGACUUAACCAAACCAGGUCAUCAUUAUGUGUUUAUAGAACUCUUUUUUUGUAACCCCAAUCAGCAAUUAUAUACUAUUUGCAUUCCUGAGUCUUGUCAUCCUUUGCAACUUCGUUUUCUAUGUUGUAUUGUUUAUGUAUUCUUCCUUCCCAAGUCAUAUUUCAUUUAUUAAUUAGUUGAAUGGAUUAUUGUCACUUUUAGUAAAGUUCCUAUUAUUAAGAUUACCAUUGUUUUCUCGAAUAACCAUAGCAGCGUACAAACUGAUACAGUUAAAUUGAUAGAAAUUUUCCCAUCUAUUUUGUUUUGCCAUGUACAGUUCUGUUUCUGCUUUUAUUUAUUUGUCUACAUAUUUGCACAACAGUUUUAAGCAUGUUGACACAAAUACAUUUGUAUAACUAUUGUUCUUGUCAAAUACUAUGGUGAAUCUGUCACCCUGGUCAACAUUAGACCAGGAAAGCUGUCUUCGAUUUUUGAUUGUAAAUUGAAUAUUACUUGCAAACAUUCAUAUGUGUAACAUAUGCUGAAGUACACAUAUGACUUGCAUCCCUUGUUAGGAUUCUACGAUUUCUUAUUUGCUUUCUGCCUUCACCCAUGAUUUUUCAUGGCCAUAUGAAGUACUUAGAUUUUAGUUUCCGAUUGCCUGGAUAAUUAACAUUGCAAGAAAGUCAAUGUUUACUCUUUGUUGAGUUUUCUCUAGCGAUGUUUUUUCAACGAAUUAUUUUCUAGUUGCU